AUGCUGCGCACUGUCCUUCUCCUCGACGGCAGCGAUGCCAUGAACAGUAGCUCAGACUACCUGCCCAACUAUCUACUUGCCAUGAGGCCGCCAUUGCUGCGGUUCGUGGAGCGGUAUCUCGACUCUACACCACUCGCGUCUCUUGGCGUGGUAGUGAUGCGAGAUGGGAUUAGUCACCGCCUGCUGCCGUGCACGACGAACCGCAACGAGAUCGUCGACGUGCUGGAGCGUGACGUCUUCCUGCACGGCGGCUCUGGCAACACGUCAAUGGAGAACGGGCUACGGAUGGCCAUGUCGGAGCUGGUGGACAUGCGCGAGGUAGCGGCCCUGGCGGCAGCGACGGCUAAGAAGUCUUCGUCGGUUGCCGCUCGUAACCCGCGUGCAGCGUGGAAAGGGUCAGCGACGCAGCUCAAUGUCAUUGUGUUGACAGCCUCUGUCACUCUGAUUGACCCCACAGAUGUCUUCGCCGUCGUGAACAUCAUGGCCGUCUUGUCCAUCCGCAUCAGUGUCGUUUCUCUCGUCGGUGCUGUGCAUGUAUUCGACGUGUGCACCGUCGAAACAGGAGGGACGCUGUAUUGCCCUCUCAACUACGACCACCUGCUGCACAUCAUGGACGAGCUGUCGACGGCGCACCGCGCGCAGGUAGCGGUGGCGCGGAAGAAGAGGCGCCAGCGAGGUGCCUGCCGGCAGCGAGUCAAGCGAUGUCGCGAGGAGGAUGAUGAAGAUGUCGAAGUCGACGACGAUGACAGCGAUGGCGCCGAUGCACCGUACCUUAUACCUAUUGGAUGCCCCGUGUAUCUCGAGGCUCCGUUAUCCGACAGCGCAGAACCAUCACCCGCUGCCUCCUCCCGCUCCUUCUACUUGGGAUGCCCUCAGUGCCACCUUAUCCAACUCACUGUUCCCACAACCUGCUCCAUGUGCCGCCUGCUGCUGUGCAGCGCGCCGAUGCUGUACAGCACGUUUGUAUCGCACAACUCUCUGGUGCCACCGGCAAAGGUGCUCCGCGUGAUGCGGGACGCAUCGCCACCAGCGCCGAUGGCUGACAACCUGAGCGCUGCAGCAACGGCCACCGCACAGGAGGGCGGCGUCGUCAAAACAACGAUGCAGCAGCCAGUACGGUGCGGUCUCUGCAUGACCAGCUUUAUAGCAGAGGUGAUGAUGGGGCACGCACGCAAUGGCGGAGUCGGCAACCCUGUCAGCUCAUCAGCGACGGCAACCUUUGUGGUGGAUGGAGCGCAGGUGUGGCAGUGCAGCGCGUGUGCCUCGUACCGCUGCAACGCCUGUAACGACUUUGUCCUCCACACUAUCGGCCUCUGCCCGUAUUGCCUGGCGCUGCAGUGA